AAUGCCGAUGCUACACCCCAACGUUAUCAGCUAGCCACUAGCAACGAUACUAGCAACGACGCCAACGACCAGUUUAGCAUGACUAAGAAUGUGGCAAACUUACCUGCCCAACUGAUUGGAGGCCAAUCACACGGUGGACAUUCUUUGAUAGCUUGGAUGGAGCUUUGUUUUGCUCUAAUUGAAUUCUUGGGGUUUGGUCAAUUAUUUGUUUGA